UAUCCCACGAGUUACGUAUUAAUGCACUCCCUCCCCCACACCCUCCAAACGCUGCCAGGCGACAGUGAUAUUCUCUUAAACGGUCUUGUCCUGGACUUCGUGAUUAAAUCGCCAGUGAGUACAGAAACUGACCGGAACUGAUUUGCCACUAAGUCCCGUGCUACGUGAGAAUAAUGCUGGGAAAAGGUCAGAAUGCAUCUCAAGAACAGCGAGUGUCCGUUGCUGACCGAGCCUAUUCUGGCAGAGCUUAGGAAGAGUGGCAUCAAUACUGUGCUGGCCUUUCUGUCCAGAGACUCAGAGACACUCAUUCACGUAUGCAGCCUAACAUACCAGGUCAGUAUAACUGAAGCAGUGUCAGUAAAGAAGGUGCUGCUUGCCAAGUACUCUGCUUUACCCCACCCUCUGGAUGAGAUUCUGGAUGAAGCACCAAUUGCACAUCUUCCAUUAGGCUGUGAAAGCCUGGACGGUCUGCUGGGCGGAGGCCUGUCCGCCGGAGAUCUGGUGGAGCUGUGUGGCCCGUUUGCCGUCGGCAAGACGCAGCUCUGCAUGGCAGCCGCCGCCGCCGCCCUGGCCGCCGGCGCCCGCGUCAUUUUUGCUGACACCAAGGGCGAGUUUAGUUCCGCCCGCUGCCGCCAGAUUCUCCACCACCGUCGUGUCCCGCAUUCGGAGUGUGACCGCAUGCUGGACCGGAUGCAGUACGCGGCGUGCAGUACGGUGCGUGACCUGCUGAGCCUGCUGGAGGUGGUGCGCAGCCGGCGACGGCUGCACGCCGGCCUGCGGCUGCUGGUGGUAGACUCGCUGGCCGCGCUAGUGGCUCCCCUACUGGCCUCGCCCGGCUUCGUCGGGUUCGGCCUCCUGAAUUUCCUUGGCACCACGCUGAAAUCAUUGGCUGCCGACUGCCGUCUAACAGUUGUAGUGACCAAUCACGUGGUCCAGAACGAGUCCGGGGCGGCGCCUGGCGUGCACCCAGCGCUCGGAUUGGGCUGGCUGCCCGUGCCGCACGUCAGGCUCCUCCUGCAUCGUGAGGUUGCAGCCAAUCACGCCUCUGAGCCACAGUUCUGUCUUUACGGCCCGCGGCGAACUGCUAUACUGACCAAGAGUGUGAGCUCAGCCUGCGGGGGCAGCGCGGAGUUCCUGGUGACGCCUUCGGGAAUUGAAGAUCCGGUUUGCCUGAGAAAUGAAGACUUGAUGAGUUAAUUUUUAGUAUGUCAGUCUCUGUGCCUGCAGCAUUGUGCAUUGUGGCGAAGUCGUUUUUUAAUCAUUUCCUUACCCUUCAGCGGUCUGCUUAGGCAACGAGACAACCAUCUUAUGAAACAUCUUGUGAUAUUUGUACCUGAAGUGUAUGAGCGCUAGUUUACCCUGCUGGAAUGUGCAUUUGGAAGUGUUCGUAAUAAAGUACUG